AACUUACACCGACACAUGUUCUGCAGGUUUCUCCACACCUGAGCAGAGGUGACAGGGCAGUUUGCACAGACAGACAUGAGGACACACAAGAUUUUAUUCAUCUCUCUGCUGGGCCUGAUACUGCUGCUAACGGCCUCCACCAUCCAGGCAGAAGACCCCCAAGAUGAACCAGACAAGGCAACAGAGGGACAGGGGGACGCAUCAGCGGAGACAUCAGAGGACACCUCGGAGGAAACAGAUGAGGAGCCAAAGAAGGAGAAGACAACAGAUAUAGAGGAAGACAAAGAUGUUUUGGUUCUGCACAUCAACAACUUCGAUAGAGCUCUCAGCGAGAAUAAGUUUUUACUGGUUGAGUUCUAUGCUCCCUGGUGCGGCCACUGCAAACAGUUUGAGCCAAUUUAUGCUGAGGCUGCAGGAAAGCUGAAGGAUGAGGAAACAGGCAUGCGUUUGGCCAAAGUGGACGCCAUCGAGGAGAGAGAGCUGGCUGAUGAGUUUGAGGUCGGAAGCUUUCCAACUCUUAAGAUGUUCAUGAAUGGAGACCGGAAAAAGCCUGUGGACUACUCCGGUAAAAGAUCAGUAGUGGGAAUAAUUCAGUGGAUGAAGCGCCGCACCGGUCCUGGCGCUCCCAAUCUUGACUCUGUUGAUUCUGCAGCAGAGUUCAUCAGCACCCACAACAUCUCUGUUGUAGGAUUCUUCAGUAGUUUGGAAAGUGAAUCUGCCAAGGUUUUUGAGGAAGUUACCUUUGAUUUGACAGACGUUGAGUUCGGAGUUACUGCAAACCCUGAAGUGUUUAACAAGUACGAUGUGAAAUCGGAUUCAGUGGUGCUCUUUAAAAAGUUUGACGAUGGCCGAGAAGACUAUGUGUGGUCAGAAGAAGAGAAACUAGACACACACAACCUGACCUCCUUCAUCAAGGAAAACAGCCUGCAGCUCAUUAUCCCAUUUAGCCCAGAGGUAGCAGACAAGAUCUUUACCUCCCGUAUCCGCUUACACACCCUGCUGUUCAUCAACUCCACAGUAACGAGUCAGAUGGAGUUGGUGGAGGAGGCCAAACCUGUCGCAAAAGAGUUUAAGGGCAAGAUGCUGUUCAUUCUGAUUAAUGUGACUCAGGCCAUGUCACAUGUGCUUAAUUACUUUGGAGUAUCAGAAAAGGAUGCUCCCACAGUCAGGAUCAUGAACAUGGAAACACAAAAGAAGUUCAGCAUCUCCUCUGCAGGUUUUACAGCAGAUUCGCUACGGCAGCUGUGUAAGGAAGUGGUUGAAGGAGCUGCAAAGCCUUACUAUCGUUCUGAGGAAAUCCCAGAGGACUGGGACAAAGGACCAGUUAAAGUUCUUGUGGGCAAGAAUUUCAAAUCUGUGGCCCUAGAUCCAACCAAAAACGUCUUUGUUGAGUUUUAUGCUCCAUGGUGUGCACACUGCAAGGAGCUGGCUCCUAUUUGGGACCAAUUGGGAGAGAAAUAUGCAGAUCAUGAAAAUAUCAUCAUAGCAAAGAUGGACGCCACAGUCAAUGAAGUGGAGUUCCUUGACAUUUCUGGAUAUCCAGCCAUCAAAUAUUUCCCAGCUGAAGAUAAAGAGAUUGUUGACUACACCGGAAAAAGGGAUCUUGAAACAUUGUCCAAGUUCUUAGACAAUGGAGGAGUUUUGCCAGAGGAGGAAAGUGGUGAGGAUGAUGAUGAUGAUGAUGAUGAUGACGAAGAAGAGGAUGCUGAAGAGGGUUCAGAUAGUAAAGAAGAGGAAAAAACUGGUGACCAGAGCAAGGAAGUAGACGAGUCUUCAGAGGUUCCUGGAAACAAAACGUCCAAAGACGAGCUGUAAUCAUUCUAAACAACAAUUAAGAUCAAGCAAUCUUCUUUCAGUUUUCAUAAUAAAAAACAACUUAUAAAUCG